AGCACAGCCGUGCACCGUGAGUGAAGAGAGAAUGAGGGGGGCCUGAUGAAGAGAGUGGGAGCUGACAGGAUUUGGUUCAACUUGAUACAAAAUGAAUGAGCUACCAUUCCCAGGAGUAUUCAGCACAGGUCGUUGAAGUACAAGUACAUGGCUGGAUCCAAGAGCAGUUUGCAUCAUCUGUACAUUUAACAGUUCCAGGCAGGGCAUUGAGUUGGGUGGUUGUAUCUGACGUGCUUGGCAUUAAAAUCCUGUUUGCUGCAAUAAAAAAGAGACUUUGCUUAUGUAGCAAGAGACAAAGACACAAGGAUUUUGAAAUGUCACGUCUUUCGAUGUGAUACGCCUGCGAAAGCCAUCGCAACAAGUCUGCACGAAAUCUGUUCUAAGAUUAUGGCUGAACGGAAGAAUGCUAAAGCUGUGGCUUGCAGCUCUUUGCAAGAGCGGACAAAUGUCACCCUGGAUGUUCCCCUGCAAGUAGAUUUCCCAACACCAAAGACAGAGCUGGUACAGAAGUUCCACGUCCAGUACUUGGGCAUGUUACCUGUAGUUAAACCAGUGGGUAUGGAUACGCUGAACAGUGCCAUAGAAAACCUUAUGGCUUCCUCUAGUAAAGAGGAGUGGAUGCCAGUUACCAUGAAUGUUGCUGAUGCUACUGUGACGGUCAUCAAUGAAAGAAAUGAAGAACAAAUCAUGGUAGAAUGUCGUGUUCGGUUCCUGUCCUUUAUGGGAGUGGGCAAGGAUGUCCAUACAUUUGCCUUCAUUAUGGAUACAGGGAACCAGCAUUUUGAAUCCCAUGUUUUUUGGUGUGAACCAAAUGCAGGAAAUGUAUCAGAAGCUGUUCAGGCUGCGUGUAUGUUACGGUAUCAGAAGUGCUUGGUAGCCAGACCUCCUUCACAGAAAGUUCGACCGCCCCCUCCUCCUGCAGACUCGAUGACCAGAAGAGUCACAACUAAUGUCAAACGCGGAGUCUUGUCCCUUAUUGACACUUUAAAACAGAAACGCCCUGUUUCUGAGAUGCCAUAGCUGCCCAAAGGAAAGGAUUCUUGUAACACUUAAUUGAAGAAACAGUAGCUACGCUAAAGAAAAUGAACUGAUGAUGUUCGACCUUCCAUUUUAAAUUGCUGAUGCUUUGUCUUCAAAGAAUUUAUCCUUAUCAAAACAAUGUUAGACAAGCAUGUUCUCUCGUUCUUGCCAUCAUCAUGUGAUAUGAAAAGACGCAUGAAUAAUUUUUUUGCUGUCAAUGAGUUACAUCAUGAGCAGUAGAAGGUCUAUUUCUGAUUGUAAAUAUUCUGAACAUUACCUAAAUUUACACCCAAAAAGAAAUAUGGCCAUGUCCCUCCUAGUGAACUAAUGUUAAAGUCCUUGGAGUGAUUGAUGCCUGAAUUAUAGUUUCACCAUCUUCUUGAGCUGGAUUUGUCACAAGCAACCCUUAAAUCCUACAGCACUUUGCCCUGUUUUCAACACUGGAGUAGGUACCAAGUAUUAGUUACCAUUAAAUUACUGUAGUAUAAAUACCAAGUUUUAUUUUUACAAAGCUGCACCUGUUAGUUUUAAAAUGCGCGUUGGCAUUGGUUUAGGAACCACGUUAUAAUUUUGCCUGACAUGCUUUUGAACCAUGGUGACCAUAUUUCAUUUACUGUUUAUAUAUUAUGAUUUUGGAGAAGAAAAGUUUUGAGUAAUUCAGAGCAGGAUGCAUCAGCUUUAGCCUUUUGCCCUAAAAUAGACAACUGCAUCGGGGGGCUGUUAAAUCUAUUCUCCAAAAUCCAACAUGGUGCAACAAAAAUAUGAUUUAUUUAACUGUGGGCUCCUACCAUCUAUGAUUAAGAGAGGGACUUAUUCAGAACUGUUAUAUAUGGCACAAACUAGAAAGCUACACAUUUUCCCUGUAUUACUCCUUGUGUGUGCAAACUUUCAAUUGAAGGCCCCAUCACCCAGUUCUUUCAUUUGGAGUUUGGUGUUGAGUUAAUAUUUACAUGAGAUGCAAAAGAACUAUCACAUUUUUGUUGGGCAGACCUGUUCUCAUUUAUACCAUGAUGAAGUUUCAUUUUACUUUAAUGCCCUUUCUGUAGCAGCUCUUAACAAAGGAAUGACACAGUUCUUCUCUGAUAUGAUGGAGCUACAUGUAGGGUAACCUGAUUUCAGUGCUUUUGCUCCAAAAGCUCCAGCUAGCUGUGUUAGUCCACUCUACUGUAAAUUCCUUGGAAACAAACUAUGCAGUAUUGCCCCUUAUAAGCGUACAUUGUGCUAACCUUUCAAUGCACUUAUAUGCUUAUCUUUUUCUUUGUUUUUCCCCUUGCCCUCUGUCUUAUUACAACUGCAGGUUGGUACAUACAAUAGAAAUGGAACAAUGCAGAUGUUUUUACCAGUGUUAAAAAUUUUCUGCCUCCAUUUUAGACGUCUACUGGAAGGCUGAACCAUCUGGGUAUGUUGACACUGUAAUUCUAAAGGGACAUUGUCAAGGUAGAUACGCGAAGAAUUUGACCUAGCUUUCUCUCACUAGUGGCUUUUGUUUUAAAUUAAUGGUUGCGUAUUUUCUUUUUUUUUAAAUCGGUCGUAGUUGCUACCCAUGAGCUACCCCAGUAACAAACAAAUCAGGCAGUGGAUGCAAGGGCCAAAGCAAUGAUGAUCAAACACUUUCAGCUUUGAGUUUGUAAAGGAAUUAUGGACAGCUAUAACAAAAAUUAAAAUGAACUUAAAAUGACGGAAAUGUGACCAUACUGGCAAAUGAAGGGCUGAUGCUCUGCUGGUGUAUAAAGGUGCAGCUCCAUGGACACCAGCUGCACAGCCAGUGGCCUGAAAUCCUCUGUUGUGCCACAGUACCUAACUGGAACCUACAAUGGGGCGCUGACCUGGCUGAGGCUUCUAAGCACUACUGUAAUAUAAAGAAUAAUACAACCCACUAGCAUUCACUCAGCUAAAACACUUGCCUGUGGUCCCAAUUUCAGCAAGAUAUUUAAGCAUGUGCCUAAUUUUUUAAACCCAGGUUUAAAAUUACCAAGUGCUUAAGUCCCAACACAGCAAGGUAUUUAUGUACCUCAACCCUGUUCAGAGAACCAAGGCUACAAGAAGAAACUUGCAUUUGCAUUCACAUUCACUCCUUUGUCUCUCUGGGUUCCAGUAGUGGUAAUCUCAGUGGUUUCCACUGGGAACUGUGCUAAUACCAUUUUUUCCCCCCACAGUGGUUAUCAGCAGCCAUCAGAUGGUAACCCCACCUGACCUAGAGACAUAAGAUGCUGUAUUCAUUAUCACUCCCCAGACUCAGCAAAUACCUUGACAGUGUCCUUUUAAAGUUCCACUUUGAAACUUUCCCAGGAUUCAGAUUUGCAAUGAGUUUUAAAUAGCAUAAAUACAUUCCAUAGGAGAUCCACUGCAUCUGGUGAUGCUGCUGCCCCAUGAUGGCAGACCAGGACCUCCCUUUGUAAUUAAACAGUCAUGUUAAAAAGCUGUUGUUUUUAUUCACUACUUGGUGUGGUUCGGUUUCCUGUUGUCAGGACCAGGAGUACUUAGCUUGCUUUCAGCAGCAAAGCACAUAAAGAGAGUCAGGGAUGCAGUUGCAGUAGGUAUUGAAAAGACAAUGGAUAGGAAUGUAUUGAAAAGUCACAGAUCAUCUGUGGAUAUUUUGUUUUUAAAAUACUUUUGCUUAUUUUACCAAAAUACUGAUUAAGACUUUGAUUCUGCAAACACUUAGGUAUGUGCUUUAUAAGCACAUUAGUCUCACUGGCAUCAACAGAAUGACUCAUGCUCUUACAGGUUCUGCACAUACCUAAGUGUUUGCAGGAUCAAGGCCUAAUUUUGUAAAACCAAUUACAUUAAAACACUAUAUUGACUUAAUUUCUGCCAUGGCCAAAAAUUAUGGCUGGUGCAUGCGUGAGAGCAAAUGCCAUUGUUUUACCUAAUGUUGUAGUGACACUUCAGUUACCUAUGCAUUCUUUAUAUCUAGUGAUUCUGUAAGUAGGCAUACGUUAUGCCUUGUAUGUCUCAUGUCAUUUUUGAAUUAACCUGUUAAAUACAGCUUAAAAUAUUUUUAUUUUAUUUAUUCUAUUUUUACUGAAAUAGCCUGCAUUAUGAUGUUGAUGUACUAUCUUUACUGGACAUGAUCUCACAACAUAUCCAGUGCUAAGUAAUCUCCGUGUACUAUAGGUUGCCUAAAAAGGUGGGUUUUAUAAUUAUUUGUAGUCACAUUUUUAUUGGAGUAUGUAGAAGAAAUGGCAAAACAAUGUGUAAAGCUAAUUUCUCUUAUUUUAUAAAUGCAAAUGGUAAGUUAGAGGCAGAUAUCACAGACCUCCUCAUUAAUAUGCUCCCUUGCAGAAGCAAGGAGAUUUAUAGCCACAGUCAAUGUCUAUAGUUUAAAGCCUUUCCUUUGAGUUGCUGCAGUUUUUAGUUUUUAUUUAAACCACUUAUGAUUUCAUUUGGGGGAGGGGGGGAAAGGUGGUUUCAGGAUAUAAGAACCACCUACAGAUUGCAUGAAAGGAAAUUGAUCCCACUUACAUUAUAAUGAGUUCUUAGUGAUAAACUUUGUGUAAAGAGCUACCUGUACCUCUU